ACCAUCAUUGUUAAUCUUUAUUUGAAAUUGGCUGCUUUAUUUACAAAUACGUAUACCUAAUUUUUUGUUACAUACGUUUCUGCAAAGCAAUGAUGCUACGAAAAGUAAUAUUUAUAUAUUAAAGCAGACAUUUCUUAUGGAAGGAGUAAAUAAUAGAAAUCAGAGAACAUCAGAAACACUUGGACUUUAAAAACGAGAUAAAGGGCGAUUUAGAAUUCUAAUCAGUGGAGACUGUUAUGAAAAAUUUGUAUAUGGAUUGUAAGAAAAAAUGGAAACUUUGGAAAAUUCUGAUCCCACAGUCAAAGCAAUUUCAACUUACACAGAAAUAAUCAACUUGGUUAUUUGGGUAUUCGUUAUUCUAUCGAUUUCGAGCCUUCUUGAGACGGGUUUAAUGGAUCCAAUGAUUAAAAAAGAAUACCAAAAUAUUCCACUCUGGAAGAAAAUCAUUCCCUUUGAAAAUUUAAAGUACUCUGGAAUAAACGAUACGAUGCAUCCGAAACGUUUCAUCGAAAACUUUGAGUAUCUUGCAAAUCAAGAAAAUCUAGAUGAACGCGAAAAACAAUACUUUUUUAUUCAAUCACUAUCAAAGGAUGCUAAGAACUGGUUAAAUCUUCGUGGUUACGGAGCUUAUGAGGAGAUGAAGGAAGCAUUUCUUAAAUUUUACUGGGGUCCCGAAGCUCAGAAUAUUUUACGGAAUUUUUUGGAAAACGGAAGGUACUGCCCCAGUGAUGGAUUAUCUGCAAAAAAUUACUUUUUCAAGUACUUCAAUGAAGCAACAUUCCUGGACAAUCCUCCUACUGAGGAAGAAAUAAUUUUCUAUCUAUUAUACCAUUUUGACUUAAAAAUGUCGAUAAGGAAUGAAUUGAAUAGUCGACAAGUGAAAAACGUCGAAGAAGCUUUGAAUUUUUUGAUAAGGGCAGAAGCAGACUCUGUGCUGGGCAGAAAUUUUCAAAGAUGCCUAUUCUAGAGAAAACACUAAGGCUAAAAAGACAUUUUAGAAUAAUGUUAUUGAUUUUGAGUAUGAUUGUUCAGAUCAUUCUUCGCGAAAUCUUCGAUUUGUCCAAAUUUACACCGGGUUUUUUAAAAUUGAAUAAUUUGUACGUAAUGGCGUUUACUGCUAAUGGCAGACAAAUUUGUUCAACUGUUUCCAGCAAAAAGGAUUAGAACACAGAAACAAGAUUUAACUUUGACAACGAUAAAGCUUCAAGAGUAAUACAUUUUUAUUAUUACAUAAUUAUAUUAACUUGUAAUAAAUUAUGUAGCUCUUGAAAAUUCCUUGGAUUUUUCAAACGCCUUAAAAUGUUUCAAAUCCUUCGGUAU